AUGGCACAGGUAGAGAAACGGGGAGGCUUGCUCCGGAAAUCUUCAGCCUCCAAAAAACCACUGAAGGAAAAAGUGGUGCUGAUGUAUGAUGAAAUCUUCAUGACAGAAGACCCCAGUAAAUGCAGUCCUCGGUUUUGGGAGGAACUCUUCCUCAUGAAGGUGAAUUUAGAGUACUUAGAAGGCAAGUUGGAAUCUCUUGAUGGAGAGGAAUUAAUGAAGAUCAAGGACAAUAUUAAUUGUUUAUUUCAACACUGCAUCCAGGCUCUGGGAGAGGAGCAUCCAAUUCGAGUUGUCAAUGCAUUGCAGACCUUGUGUGCACUCAUUCGAGGAGUCCAUCAGAAGAAUAAGUCUACGUCUGGGUUUGACAUUAUCAACAUGCUGAUGGGCUUUGACAAAGCGGAGCUGUGCAUGAAGAACUUGAUGGAGAGUUUGGAUUCAUUGCUUUGUGCAGAAGGUUCUGAAAGUCUGAAGAGUUUAUGUCUGAAACUUCUCCUUUGUUUAGUGACUGUGACAGAUAACAUCAGUCAGAACACUAUCCUGGAAUAUGUAAUGAUCAACAGCAUAUUUGAAGCAAUUUUACAGAUACUCUCCCACCCCCCAAGUCGUAGGGAGCAUGGAUAUGAUGCUGUUGUCCUCUUGGCUUUGCUGGUGAACUAUAGAAAAUAUGAGUCUGUGAAUCCUUACAUUGUGAAGCUGUCUAUUGUGGAUGAUGAGGCCACGCUCAAUGGAAUGGGACUUGUGAUUGCUCAGGCUUUAUCUGAGUACAACAGGCAGUAUAAAGACAAGGAAGAAGAACACCAGAGCGGUUUUUUCUCUGCUUUAACAAACAUAGUGGGCAGCAUGUUCAUAGCAGACGCCCAUGAGAAAAUAUCUGUACAAACCAAUGAGGCUAUUCUUCUGGCACUUUAUGAAGCUGUUCAUUUAAAUCGUAAUUUCAUCACAGUGUUAGCCCAGAGUCAUCCAGAAAUGGGCUUGGUGACGACCCCUGUCAGUCCUGCUCCAACAACCCCAGCCACACCGCUUGGGACCACACCACCCUCCUCUGAUGUUAUAAGUUCAGUGGAACUCCCACUGGAUGCAGAUGUACAGACCAGUAAUCUACUGAUAACCUUCCUAAAAUAUAGCUCCAUUGUCAUGCAGGACACCAAAGAUGAGCACCGGCUUCACAGUGGCAAACUCUGUUUGAUUAUCCUUACAUGUAUUGCAGAGGAUCAGUAUGCCAAUGCAUUUUUGCAUGAUGACAACAUGAAUUUUCGAGUAAACUUACAUAGAAUGCCCAUGAGGCACAGGAAGAAGGCAGCAGACAAGAAUCUCCCCUGUCGACCCUUGGUGUGUGCAGUACUGGACUUAAUGGUAGAGUUUAUUGUAACACACAUGAUGAAGGAGUUUCCUAUGGAUCUCUAUGUACGCUGUAUUCAGGUAGUACAUAAACUGCUUUGCUACCAGAAGAAGUGUAGAGUGCGCCUGCAUUACACCUGGCGGGAACUCUGGUCAGCCUUGAUCAAUUUGCUGAAGUUCCUUAUGUCAAAUGAGACUGUACUUUUGGCCAAACACAACAUUUUUACGUUAGCCCUUAUGAUUGUGAACCUAUUUAAUAUGUUUAUCACAUAUGGAGACACAUUCUUGCCCACCCCCAGCAGCUAUGAUGAACUCUACUAUGAGAUUAUCCGCAUGCACCAGAGCUUUGACAACCUCUACUCCAUGGUCCUGAGGCUUUCUACCAACGCAGGCCAAUGGAAAGAAGCAGCUAGCAAAGUGACCCACGCAUUGGUUAAUAUCAGAGCCAUCAUCAACCACUUUAACCCCAAAAUUGAGUCCUAUGCUGCUGUGAAUCACAUAUCCCAGCUGUCAGAGGAACAGGUGCUGGAGGUAGUACGAGCCAACUAUGACACGCUCACACUGAAGCUGCAGGAUGGCCUGGACCAAUAUGAGCGCUACUCGGAGCAGCACAAGGAAGCUGCGUUUUUCAAAGAGCUGGUUCGAUCCAUUAGCACCAACGUCCGGAGAAACCUGGCCUUCCACACGCUCAGCCAGGAGGCCCUGCUCAAGGAGUUCUCCACCAUUUCCUGA